UGGGCGGGUUGUGGCAAGCGCAGGGUUUUGACAAAAACAAACAGCGACGGCGCUGCUGCAGGGUCUAUGGCCGAGGCGGUGAGGCCUCCGCGCCGGGCCAAGGCCAAGGCCAGCCGGACUAAAACCAAGGAAAAGAAGAAAUCUGAAACCCUUCAGAGGGAAGAAUCUGAUGAAGUCUCCCUUCCAGAACCCUCCAGAGAGCUGGCAAUCCCUCCUCCAGCUUGUGAAUUCAAAGGAGACUGUCUGAAGGUGUUAACUGAUUCCCAGCUCCAGAAUGCUGCCUGUGGACAAAAUGAGAGUGAAAUGUUUGAUGUACCACUCACCUCCUUAACUAUAAGCAACGAAGAGCCCCUGACAUGGAACACAGAGACCCUAAAGGAAGGGGAGGAGGUCAGAGCCCGCGUUGGGGACGAUGUGAUGAAUCUAAAGGUCAGCCCUGGAGACCGUGUCGGAACCAAAGUAGAAAGUCCCAAGAACUGCACAGAAGGAGAGGAAAAUCAGUUGGUACUCUGUGGACCUUCCGAAGGUAGCUUGCAAUCUAAUUUUUCUUAUACUCAGCCAGAAAUGGAAAAUUUACAGGCCAGAGAAACUCAGAAAACGAAAGAUGACAAGCAAGCUUUGGGUCUUUCUUCAGAGGUGCUACACAAUGUUGGCUUGCAGAGUUCUUGUGAAGCCAAAGACAUUUUUCAGCCACCUAGAGUGAAAAAACUGUAUCCUCAGUUGCCAGCCGAAAUUGCUGGAGAAGUACCAGCUUCGAUGGCAGCGAAACCCUUGUUUCGUAACAAGCGACUCUACCCAGAGCUCCCAUCUCAACCAGAACUAGUACCAUUUACUAAAGAACAGCUGAAGAUCUUUGAGCCUGGUUCGUGGCUGGAAAACGUUGAGUCGUAUUUAGAAGAAUUCGACAGCAUGGCUCAUCAGGACAGGCAUGAGUUUUACGAGCUGCUUUUGAACUACUCGCGAUGUAGGAAGCAGCUGCUGCUGGCCGAGGCUGAGCUCCUUGCUCUGACGUCGGAUUGCCAAAACGCGAAAAGCCGACUGUGGCACUUUAAGGAUGAACAGCUGUCCGUGCAGGGUAUCUGUGCAGAUCAAGUGAAAGUUUCAGGCUAUCAUCGCUACCAAAGAGUAGAGAUGAAUGAAAAUGCACUGGGGGAGCUAAAGAAGCUAUUUGAUGCCAAAUCUGAGCACCUCCAUCAGACCCUCGCUCUGCAUUCCUACACCUCUGUGCUCUCAAAGUUGCAAGUGGAGUCUUACAUUUAUGCCUUACUCAGUAGUUCAGCUCUUCUGAGAUCUUUAGCAAUUCAAGGCCGAGCUUGUAAACAGACAGAAAGCUUUCCCUCUGACCUCUGUCAACUUAAGGAGUGUAUCAGUGUCUUAUUCAUGUUCACCAGAAGGGUUAAUGAAGAUACCCAGUUCCAUGAUGAUAUUCUUCUCUGGCUGCAGAAAUUGGUGUCAGUGUUACAAAGAGUUGGCUGUCCUGGAGAUCACUUCUUCCUUUUAAACCAUAUUCUCCGAUGUCCAGCUGGUGUUAGUAAAUGGGCUGUUCCUUUCAUCCAGAUCAAAGUGUUGAAUAACCCAUCAGGGGUCUUUCAUUUUAUGCAGUCCCUUGCCCUGCUAAUGUCUCCUGUCAAAAAUCGAGCGGAAUUCCUGUGCCACAUGAAGCCCAGUGAGCAGAAGCCAUCCUCCUCGGGGCCUGCAUCCGGGACGUGGACGCUAGUAGAUGAGGGAGGAGAAGAGGAUGAAGAUCCUGAGACCAGUUGGCUUCUCCUUAAUGAGGAUGACUUGGUUAUCCUUUUAUCCCAGUUUCCGUUCCAUGAACUCUUUCAGCAUCUUCUUGGGUUUAAAGCAAAAGGUGAUUAUUCACCUGAAACAACAAGACCUCAAGAGAUGAUGAAAAUUUUUGCCUUUGCUAACUCACUAGUGGAGCUUCUGGCUGUGGGGUUAGAAACCUUUAACAGGGCACGCUACAGGCAGUUUGUGAAGCGAAUUGGUUAUAUGAUCAGGAUGACCCUUGGUUAUGUGAGCGACCAUUGGGCACAGUUUGUGAGCCACAGCCGAGGCUUGGGUCUGGCCCAGCAGCCCUACUCCGUGGAGAAACUACAGGUUGAAUUUGAUGAACUGUUUCUGAGAGCUGUCCUGCAUGUGCUGAAAGCCAAAAGACUUGGCAUUUGGCUGUUUAUGUCAGAAAUGCCCUUUGGGACGCUGUCGGUGCAGAUGCUCUGGAAGCUCUUCUACCUCAUGCACCAGGUGGAGAGUGGGAAUCUGGAGAAGCUCUGCGUUGCUCUCCCGCCUGCUGAGUGCAAGAAGCAGCUCCAAGACCCAGAACACUUUGUGAACUUUGAGAAGUGUCUUUCUUCCAUGAAUAGCUCGGAAGAGAUUUGCCUUCUGACUACAUUUGCUCAGAUGGCUCAGGCCAGAAGAACCAAUGUGGAUGAAGAUUUCAUAAAAAUUAUUGUUCUGGAGAUAUAUGAGGUAUCUUACAUCACCCUGUCCACCAGGGAGACUUUUUCAAAGGUUGGUCGAGAGCUCUUAGGGGCCAUCACAGCUGUUCACCCUGAGAUAAUAUCUAUCCUUUUGGAUCGAGUUCAAGACACCAUUGACCAGGUGGGAAUGGUUUCUUUAUACUUGUUUAAAGAACUGCCUUUGUAUCUCUGGCGACCAUCUGCCUCUGAGAUAGCAGUGAUUCGGGAUUGGUUAUUGAAUUAUAACCUGACAGUGGUGAAGAAUAAAUUGGCCUGCGUUAUUCUAGAAGGACUGAAUUGGGGAUUUGGUGAACAGGGUACCCUUCAUCUGGAUCGAGCAGUCCAUGCUGAAGUGGCUUUAAUGGUUCUUGAAGCGUACCAGAAAUACCUUGCACAGAAGCCCUAUGCCGGGCUUCUUUCUGAAAGUAUGAAGCAGGUUUCCUAUUUGGCCAGUAUUGUUCGAUAUGGAGAGACACCUGAGACCUCAUUUAACCAGUGGGCCUGGAACUUGAUCUUGAGGUUAAAACUGCACAAAAAUGAUUAUGGAAUACAGCAGAAUUGUCCAACUGUUCCCUUCUCCAGCACUGUGCCUGACAUGACAGAGUCACCCACGUUUCAUCCUCUCUUGAAGGCUGUUAAGGCGGGCAUGCCCAUCGGCUGUUAUCUGGCCUUAGCUAUGACUGCCGUGGGCCACAGCAUCGAGAAGUUCUGUGCAGAAGGCAUCUCACUGUUGGGAAUUCUGGUCCAGUCGAGGCAUUUGAGAACAGUGGUUCAUGUCCUGGAUAAGAUCCUGCCUUUGUUCUACCCUUGCCAGUAUUACCUUCUGAAGAAUGAGCAGUUCCUGUCACACCUCCUCCUGUUCCUGCACUUGGACAGCGGUGUCCCUCAGGGUGUCACACAGCAGGUCACCCACAAGGUGGCACAGCACCUGACAGGAGCCAGCCAUGGAGACAACAUGAAGCUUCUCAACAGCAUGAUCCAGGCCCACAUAUCCGUAAGCACCCAGCCCAAUGAAGUGGGCCCUGUUGCCGUGUUGGAGUUCUGGGUCCAGGCUCUAAUAAGCCAGCAUCUUUGGUACCGAGAGCAAGCCAUCCUCUUCCUCAUGGACCACUUGUGUAAAACAGCUUUUGAGCUGAUGCAGGAAGACUGUGUGCAGAAAUUACUCUACCAGCAACAUAAGAAUGCUUUGGGUUACCACUGUGAUCGGAGUCUGCUCUCUUCUUUGGUGAGCUGGAUCGUAGCUGGCAACAUCACUCCUUCUUUUGUGGAGGGCUUGGCCACGCCCACUCAGGUUUGGUUCGCCUGGACAGUACUGAACGUGGAAUCCAUCUUUGAAGAAGACUCCCAGCUCCGAAGAGUUGUCGAAGGGGAAUUGGUUAUAAACUCUGCUUUUACCCCUGACCAAGCUCUGAAGAAGGCCCAGGCCCAGCUGAAGCUUCCCAUCGUCCCGUCCCUCCAGAGGCUGCUGAUUUAUCGUUGGGCCCACCAGGCCCUUGUCACGCCUUCCGAUCACCCUCUUCUGCCUCUCAUUUGGCAGAAGUUCUUCCUCCUGUAUCUUCAUCGCCCAGGACCGCAAUAUGGGUUACCUAUAGAUGGUUGUAUUGGAAGAAGGUUUUUUCAAAGUCCUGCUCAUAUCAAUUUAUUGAAAGAAAUGAAGAGGCGCCUGACCGAGGUGGCCGACUUCCACCAUGCUGCGAGCAAGGCCCUCCGCGUCCCAGCAGAGGGCAGUGAAGGGCCGUCUGCCAGCCAGGCGGGGACCCCAGGCUACCUGACUUCGCCGGAGCUGCACGCGGAGCUUGUGAGGCUCUUCAAUGUGUAUAUUUUGUGGCUGGAAGAUGAGAAUUUUCAAAAAGGAGAUACCUAUAUCCCUUCUCUACCAAAGCAUUAUGAUAUUCACAGGCUAGCCAAAGUGAUGCAGAAUCAGCAGGAUCUGUGGAUGGAAUAUUUGAACAUGGAGCGCAUACAUUAUGAGUUCCAGGAAACCGUUGGUCUGUGGAUGCAGGCCACACUGGAAUCCCAUUCUCCACCCUGCAGCUUUUCAGUGCAGCUGGACGUCACUGAUCCUUUGUUGGCUAAAGAAAGGGUUUUAAGUAACUUGCGGAAGCAUGAGGCUCCCCAGCCUCCCCUUGAUCUGCACCCAAUGAGGCCUCCUGUGCCAGUCAUUUCCUCAGCUGCGCUCCUGAGUCAGAAGGAUGCCACCCGGCUGGUGUGCACGGACCUGAAUCUGUUGCAGCAGCAGGCCAGAACUGCAGCUCUUCGAGAAUCUCAGCAGGUUGCCCUGGAUAGUGAGCUGUUGGACACAAUGCCAAAACAGUACGUUAAUAGAGAAGAACAGACCACGCUACAUUUGGAGUGUAGAGGCAGUGGCGGUAAGAAGUGCCAAGGAGCAGCCGUUGUCACAGUUCAGUUUGAAGGUAUGCAUAAGAAUGAAGCAAUAAACCAGCAGCUUCAUGUUUUGCGAAAAGAAGUGAAGCAGUUGCAAGCCGAAGCUGCUAAACCACCGUCACUUCAUGUUGUGGAAGCUGCAGUCCACGCAGAAAACUUGAUUACGGCCUUAGUGAAUGCCUACAAGUUGCAGCCUACCCCCGGGGCACAGAAGGUUGGCAUUAGCCUCUUUUUUACGGUUGUGGAUUAUGUCUGUGAUGAAACUCAGCGUCAUCCUCCCACAAGGCAGUUCUUUACAUCGUGCAUUGAGAUCUUGGGCCAGGUGUUUAUCAGCGGCACUAGGUCAGAAUGCAGGAAAGUACUGGAGACCAUUCUGAAGAACAGAAGGCUGUGCUCUCUGCUGUCUCCUUUCUUCACUCCCAACGCUGCGCCCACAGAGUUCAUUCAGCUCUAUGAGAAAGUGGUGAAGUUUCUAAGUGAGGACAACAGUGAUAUGAUUUUCAUGCUGCUGACCAAGUUCGAUCUUAAGCAAUGGUUAAACGCCACUAAACCUCCUCUGUCUGAUCGUACCAGGCUUCUGGAGUCCAUUCAUUUGGCACUUACUGCCUGGGGCCUUGAACCAGAUGAAGAUAUUUUGAUGCCAUUUAAUCUUUUCUGUAAGCACUGGACUUACCUUCUUCUCUACCAGUUCCCUGACCAGUACAGUGACAUUCUCAGGCUGCUGAUGCAAAGCUCUGCGGAGCAGCUGCUGAGCCCUGAGUGUUGGAAAGCCACUCUGAGAGCCCUGGGCUGCUGUGCCCCAAACUGCCAGCAGGGGGCAGCCUCUGCAGAGAGCUCGGUGCUUCAAAGCUCUCCGGAUGUUCUCUUGUCUGACAAGCAGAUAACGGAGACUAUACAAUGGCUUUCAAAUUUUUUUUAUAAGCUUCGGUUAUCCACAUUGGACUUUAAAAGCUUUGGUUUGUUCUCAAAAUGGAGUCCUUACAUGGCUGAUAUGAAGACGCUGUUGGGCUAUCUUGUAAAACGGCUUCUUGACUGCGAAAUGGCCUGCCUGGCUCAGGACCCAUCUGCCAGCAGCAAAACAGUGCUGCAGUCUCUACAUUCAGUUAUCAUCCAGCUUUUUAAGCCGUGGAUCUUCGUUUUAGAGGACAAUGAAAGCAGCCAACGACAUUACCCCUGGCUGGAAAGUGAUGCUGUGGUGGCCUUGAGCGUUGUGCGCUUGUUCACUGACUGUAUCAACUCCUUGCACGAGAGUUUUAAAGAUAAGCUGCUGCCGGGCGAUGAUGGAGCCCUUCGGUUACACCUGAUGCAUUACUGCGAAGUGUGCACAGCGCCCAGAAUGCCGGAGUUCAUUCUGUACGCCUUCCACAGUGCCUACCGCAGACUCCCGUGGAGGGACCUGCACCCUGACCAGAUGCUCAUGGAGGCCUUCUUCAAAGUGGAACGAGGAAGCCCUAAGAGCUGCUUCUUAUUUUUGGGUUCUGUCCUGUGUGAAGUCAACUGGGUCAGUGUGCUGUCUGAUGCCUGGAGCCCCAGCCCCCGCCCAGAGACCCGGAGCAUGAUUGUCUGCCUCCUUUUCAUGAUGAUUUUAUUGGCAAAGGAAGAUGAGCUGGUAGACCAACCAGAUUCACCUCUCCUGAACCUCCUUGGACAAGCAAGCUCACUCUCGUGGCAUCUCGUGGAUACCGUGUCCUACCAGAGCGUGCUCGGUUAUUUCAGCAGCCAUUACCAGCCAGCCAUCAUCCUGGCAAAGGAAUCUUCUGCGGAACUAAUCAUGAAGCUCUUGAGAGUGUCUGCGGGCCUUUCCGUCCCUACUGACAGCCAGAAACAUCUUGAUGCAGUUCCAAAGUGCCGAGCCUUCACUCAUCAGAUGGUUCAGUUCCUCAGCUCCCUGGAACAAAAUGGAAAAAUCACCUUAGCCGUCCUAGAAAAGGAGAUGUCUAAGCUCUUGGAUGAUAUUAUCGUCUUUAACCCACCUGAAAUGGACAGCCAGACCCGCCACAUGGCCCUCAGCAGCCUCUUCAUGGAAGUCCUAAUGAUGAUGAACAAUGCGACUAUUCCAACGGCAGAGUUCCUCCGGGGCAGUGUCCGGACCUGGAUUGGGCAGAAAGUGCACGGGCUGGUGGUCCUGCCCCUCCUGACAGCAGCCUGUCAGAGUCUGGCUUCCGUCCGCCACAUGGCUGAGACCACGGAAGCCUGCAUCACUGCCUACUUCAAAGAAGGUUCCCUCAAUCAGAAUUUAGGAUGGGGCCCCAUUCUGGUGUCCCUUCAAGUUCCUGAGCUCACCAUAGAAGAAUUUCUGCAGGAGUGCCUGUCCCUCGGCAGUUACCUGACUCUGUACGUCUACUUGCUUCAGUGCUUAAACAGCGAGCAGACGCUAAGGAACGAAAUGAAAGUGCUGCUCAUCUUAAGCAAGUGGUUGGAACAGGUGUAUCCGAGCUCCGCGCAGGAAGAGGCCAAGCUGUUUCUGUGGUGGCACCAAGUCCUGCAGCUCUCGCUGGUGCAGACGGAGCAGUGUGAUUCGGUCUUGACAGAAUCGGUCGUUCGAGUUCUGCUCAUGCUUCAGAGCAGGCUGAGCCUGCUGGCCGAGGAGAGGCUCGGCUCUGGGAUUCUGGGGGCAAUCGGGCUGGGCCGGAAGUCGCCCCUGUCUAACAGGUAA